UUUUUCACAACAUAGCAAAAUGGCUGCCUCCAGUGCAAUGAAAAAUACUGUUGUUAGACUUCGGCGGAAUGUAACUGCAUAAUCUUCUUUUGCCAUCUAGAUGGAGGCAUUUCUGAGAAGGUCUGCGGGUCUGUGUUCAAUAUGUCUUCAAACUGUGUAACAGAUACAACGCAAUGGCUAUCAGUGAACGAAGAAUCGUUGUUUUUACAUGACGGUUUAUUGCGGGUAAGCGAUCUUGUUAACUUGCCAAAACAUAUCAACAACGCAAGCCCGCAAAACAGCUCUGACGAAGUCGUUUCCUUCGACACGAAAAAUCCAACUGAAUUGAGUCACAGGCUAGUUUCUGUUUGUGAGAGACACAACAAUAUAUAUGCUUACUCAAGACUUCUUGAAUACCGGUUAAAUGCACUGAAAGGGUUAUGGAAUGCCCAUCGCCAAAUAUCUAAUAAUGUGGAGCAGCUGGAAAGAGAGACAUUCAGUGAAGAGGAAGUGGCCAGCGCCGCCGGCCUUGGCGGCCUGAGCUUGCUGAAGAAAGUCACUUGGCACGGUGCUGAACCAGCAGCCUUUUCAAGCAGACUUGGAUUACUCCUCCUGUUUCCACUCCUUCGGUCACAGCAGAGAAUAAAUCCAGAGCUAAGCAGUGAAACUGCUGUUCUGCUUCUUAAUUGCCUUCGAGAUUGUCUUCCACUGAGCCUUGCUAAAGAACCAGCGGACUGUUUAGAUGGACUGGAAAACCUUUUGAGUUCCUGGCUUGGUGAAAGUGAUGAGAUUGAUGUGAUAGCUAAUGUGGAACCACAUGAAGAGCAACAUGUUCAACAACUACCACGCCAGCUACUUGCCUCUGCAUUGGUUGCAUUUGCCUGCGCAAGGGGCUCUACAGGAACGUUCAUUCACACCACCCACCUCUUGCAACAGCUUGCCCCAUCCAUAGGCCCACUGCCCAUAGCUGACAUUCUCCAGAGACUCCUGAGGCUUGAAGGGGGGCCAGGCUCCCCUCCUACCUCCAUGGCAGCCGGCACGUUGUGUGUUGGGGAUUUGAGGAUAUGCUGGGUGAGAAAGAGGAGAAAACAGAGGACAAAGAGAAAGAAAAAGGUAGAAUCCAGUAUCGGUAGAAGCUUGGCCUGUGACGGUGUCUUCCUGUACUGUACGAAUGCAAGGGGGAAAGGUCUUGCUAAGAUUGGAUCUGGAUUACAUGGAACGCUAAGAGGCUUUGUCUACACUCGUAACCCUGACCUUCCAGUAGGCUGGAUUGCUUGUACGGACAAGAUACUGCUGCACCGCCCUCUGGAGGCAGACUCUAAGACAGAAUCCCUAGGGUCGGUUAUCAACAGAGAUACUCUCAAGGUGGAAGGUAAUGUGAAGAUGCCUGAGUCUCUGGUUAAUGCAUCUCAGGUCACCGUCUCGCUUUGUAGUGACGGCACCUACUUCUAUCGGGUCUGGUGCCCUCCUGGUCCCGACAAGAGUGGCAAAGGUCAACCUGUCACAGCUGAUCUUCUGAACCUGAAGGAGCAAGAUGGUGUGGUUGUUGCUGAACCACUUAGACCAUCGGUAGUACUAGUAAGGAACGAGGACGUAGUGAGGGGUGUGACGGACCCUCUGCUCAUACGGCUGAGAACAUUUCGGCCGGGCAACGCUGCUGCCCUAGCCCAACUCACCAACUCCAACGGCAAUGCAGGCGGCAGGGAAGAGAUCUCUACUACCAGCUGUGGCUUGACCCUGAAACUCCUGCGAAGGUCACCUAUCUACUGCUGCGGCAGUAGCGUGGUGAUUGUGACGUCACCCCCUGGAGGUGGUAGCAGCUCAGCUACUCGGUCUCUCUUCAGUACUACCGCAGGACUUAGUGGGCUCAGAACAUUGGCAACAAGCAUCUGUUUCAAUCUUUCAAACGGUCUCCUGACCAGCAAGCUAGAGCUGAUGGAUGCCCCUGCAUGUGCUAUUGCCAGGGGUUCAAAUGUACAAGGUCUUGGUAUCUGCUAUGACGAGCUGAACAACGCAAUCUGGACUUGUUCUCCAGACUGGGUGGAUCAGUGGCAGAAUCCCGGGCUUCGAGCCACUCACCAUGUCUGUAAGCAGCUUGGUGUACCGCAACCUCCCCUCACAGACAGAGCACCACAAGAUAACAUGCUGGAGGUGUCCGAGGUGGUGGGUCUGCUCUUACACCACGUGGGUAGCUCCAGCUGUCACAACGUACACAGCGAGAUGUACCAGAGCCCCGCCCUGGGGAGACUCCUGGCUGCCCCGACCCCGCCCCCAAUCACCCAUCUCAGGAGACUGUGUGCCAUACUGGAGAAGGCAGUGGAGGAAAGGAACCUGCCUAUCAUCCAGUGCAUGCUGGUUGUUCUACAGGUUGUCUUCAAGUCACAUGCAUUCAAUCCAGAACACUUGGAUGAGAGAAACAUCUUGGAAAGGACCAGGAAACUGGUCUGGGGUCUUCUGACAUCCACAGAUGAGAAGUUCAGGGCUGAGAGACUGAUAACCGAAGCCUGUAAUGUCAUCAAGACUGGCCUUUCGGUGCUCUUCAACGGUGCCAAUCAGAUGAACGGUCUCCUUCGUCAGCUCCUGAGUGAGGGAGACUCUCGGGCCUCCUUGGGGAAGCUCCGGGAUAUGAUCCUGAUGGAGCUAGCUCGUCAACUGAGACAAACUCCCUGCAAGGCGACCUCCAUUCACAAUCUUUUGUUUGAUAAUCUUUUCUUCAUCAGGUUCGAUGAAGGGUUGGUCCAGUUGAUCAUGAAUAUAUCAGAGAGGGAAUCACGUCAACUUCUCACUCAGUGCCUCACCAGGAAUAAACCAGCUGAAUCUAUUACAUCUAAUGUACCACUUGCCAGCCCUUGUCAGCAGUUCCUGACAUCCCUUGAGAUACACACCUUGCAAGGCAUCAUCAUGAGUGAUGAGAAUGAGGAGGACGGGACUGCCACCGGUGCUACUCCCCAAGGGGCUACCUCUCUCAAGCCCUGUUCAAAGGAUGUAGAGAACACAGUCCUCAAACUGGCUACUAAGAUUUUCAACGGAUGUGAACAGAUUCUUGAGACUCUACUGAGCAUCUGCAAUGACCUGAUGAACUCUGGCCAGGCCAGUCAGAUGCAGGUCCUGGACCGUGUAGUGAAGGGAACCAUCCUGGGCUAUCUCCUACCGGGUCUAGUCACAGCCCUACGUCAUCCUAACCUGCGCAGUCUGGCCCUAGCUGAAGCCCUGGUCCCGCAAGUUGUCAGACUUGUGGUCCUCAUCAGUCAGGUUGCCAUGGCAAUAGGAAACACUUCUUAUCAGGAGAAGAAGAUGGAUAAGAACAGCUCUCAGCCCCAUGAUGUGGUCACAGACCUUCUCGCCAGUCACAUCAAAGACAAGAGUGAGAAAAAUUGUGAGAACUACCUGACCAAGCUGCGAAUCCCAGCCCCAUGGGCUGCCGGUAAGACGGUGGAGACCAUUCACCCCGUUAGGGAUAACUACAAGUUCAGGGAGACUGUACACAUCCCCGGUGCAAGAUGUCUGUAUCUGAGGUUUGAGCCACGCUGUGCAUCUCAGUAUGACUAUGACAAGGUCGUGAUCUAUGCUGGACCCAACACCAAUUCCAGGAAAGUGGUGGAGUAUGGAGGCAACACUUAUGGGUAUGGAAGCAGGAGUGUGCUUGGGUCAGGCUGGCCCAAAGACUUGGUCAAGGUUGAAGGGGAUACAGUGACAUUUAACUUUGAGAUGAGAAGUGGUCGUGAGCACAACACACCAGACAAGGCCCUGUGGGGGUUCAGUUGCACCGUCAGAGCUCAGGAAUCAUCUGAGGACUGCACCAGUGGACUCCCCUUUGUAGCUGACCUGGCACUGGGCCUGACAGUUCUAGGUUCAAGCCUCCUCAAGGUUCUCUACGAAGGACCCGAGGUCACAGGUUCGGAGGAGCGCUGUCACGCCCUUCUGUCUUCCAAGCUGAUCCAGAGGUGUGCUUGGCAUGAGAUGGUACAGCAACCUACAUGUACAGGAGGUCCAUCCUCUGGAAGUAAAGAGAAGGUAUCGGACACCAGUCUACCCAGGCUCAAGCUUUCUAAGGACAAGCUACAGAGACUGAGGGCAAUGUCUGGCAGGGCUGCUCCCUUCCUCAGGCCUAGUAUCAAAGAUGCUCUCAACCCUGUUGUCCUUGAAGAGGCGCUGGUGUCUGCAGCCAUCAGACUACUUGACCUUGAACCGAUGCUGAACUCGUUGAGCGGUACCGAGGGAGGUCUUACCGCAAGCAGCCCCGGCCAGAGUGGCUUUGUUAAGAUGGUGGCAGAGGUCUUCAACAGAGUGAAUACACUGGAAAGACAACUUAUGUUCAUUGGUGAGCUAGAGCAACGUUGGGAGAGAGAACUUGAUGACCUGAAGACUGAAACGGAAGCUUCUCUACCAUUCUUCAAUGAUUACCAUCUUCAAGAGGAUAAAAAGAAGGAUAUUGAGACCCUUUGCUUCAUCAAGGGUAUUGACUGUGAAACUACCAGUGGAGAAGAGGCUGUCAAAUUACUAAGGAACAAAAUGAAAGAGGAGAGCAAGUCGGAGCAGGAUGCAUCGCUGAAGAUGAUCAAGACAAAGGCACUAGUGGCGGCCAUCUUGGAUAGAGCCAACGCACUCUUGGAGGUUGCCAUAGCAGCGGAAAAUGGGUCAUCCGGCAUCGGUCGGAGCGUAUCCCAAGGCGGUGAUGAGCUGGGUACCUUACCUUGGAAUGGAGGCAAUGGAGGUCAAACUUCUACCAGUACUAGUCAAUUCUCCAGAAGUCUGUCUAUGCCAGCCGAUCUCACAAAAGCUAGACCAACGGCUUCUGAUAAAUCGACCACCAGACCUUACCAGAUGCGGCGCUCCAGGAGCAGCGCAUACAGCGGCGCUCCAGAACGCAACCAGAACCUUACCAACUUACUAGAUGAAAUUUUUGCCUUCAUAGGAACCAAACUUACUCAAGCUGUAUCUAAGGACGAGUUUCUGUCAGCGGUCAAGGCAAGACGUCAGCGCGGAUGGUCAAGACAGCAAGCCUUGGUCCAUGCCCAUCAGCUGAUGACCACUGCUGGUCACUCGGAGGGCUAUGCUCAUCUAGUGACCGCUAUAACGUCUGUCCUGCAACAAGGGCCAAGGAUAGAGGACUUGAAGUGUGGAGGUUUCGUUGAGACCGUCAGACAAGCCUUUGCGGAUGCGAUGACAGCCAUCGUCCAGCAAGCAACACAUCAUCCUACAGACUGUGCUUACAGUAUAGGGCUGCUCUGUACCAUCCCGUAUACUAGGAGUGAAGAGAAAUGCCUUGUGGACAGUCAGUUGGUCAGCUUACUGGACAGACUAUGUAGUCUUGGUCAUUCAUCUGGUCAGCCAUCAAGGCCAGAGUCUCAGUCCAGCGGUCAGAGGGUCUCCGCUCUUGCUUGGGCAGGCUUUCAGGUGCUUGCCAAUCGCUGUGUAUCAUGGGAAACUGACGAGGUAUCCCAGGAUGCUUUAGGGUACGCUGGUCUCGCUCGUCAGGUCUCGUUGCUCUUGACCAAUCACCUCGCUCGAGCGACGGAGAGCUGCGGCAACGAGGCUGCAGGGAGCGAGGCUCUGCAGGAGGUUCUUAGUCUGCUCAAUAAUCUAUCAAGGAGUCGCAUGGGUCGUGCCAUCUUGAGCCAGCCAGCUUGCGUCUCGAAGCUCCUCUCCCUCCUCCUUGAUCAGCGCCCCUCCCCCAAACUGGUCCUCAUCAUCCUCCAGCUGUGUCGUGUAGCCCUCCCCCUGAUGAGUGCCCAGGACUGCGCCCAUGUCCAGCUCCCGGCGUGGGGGGCGGAGCUGGCCUCGGCUACCGGUGGCGAAGGGGGCGUCAUUACCAGCGACCCACCUGCUCGUAUCGCCAGUCUACUACUAGCCAAGCUCGGGGACUGUGUAGUCCCAGGAUGUCAGACCAUCCUAGCCCCAGAGCAGCUUGGCCACCUGUCAUCAGUGAGCUAUAUACCUGAUAGAGAGGACGAUCUGGAGGACCAAGAUGGCCGCCUAUCUGUCUUCCUUCACAAGAGGGAAGACCAGUCAUCUAGGGAAGUCAUCCAGGCUCUUCUGAGUUCUGAGGGUCGUCCAUUCAGGCUAGGGAGUGGAGCGAACAUGGAAAAAGUUCUGCGCAUGGAUCGUAACAUGCAUACGAAUGGCAAGGCUGAGCUGUUUACCGAGGACGCGGCUACCGCUAUCCAGAAAGCAGGCAAGCUGGCUCAAGCUGGCUUCUUGGUGAGCGUAGGAGCUCCGACAGAGACCACCGAUAAUGAGAAUAAUAACAAGGAGAAGCUGAAGGUCACUGCUGAAGCUGUCUGCAGGGAAAAGAAUGCUGAACUUGCAAGAACUGACCCUGUGCGACCUUUCAUCAGCGGCCAUGUUGCCCACAGUAUGGCGUCCGAGGUCAUAGCUCUCAUGCACAGCCUGCUCACUGCACCAGAAUGUAACACAGCUCAAAUCUGGGCCUCUGCUGUGGAGAGGGUGUUAUCACAUGCCUUGAGUCAAGUGCCUGUGCUUGUAUCACAGCAAGCAAGCCACAUGGCCCUCCUAGCCUCUCAGCCGCAAGGUCCAGGCAUCGAUCAGCUCCUCUCCACCUGCCGUCAAAUGGUGGCAGCAUUCUGCGCGCUGGGUGGAUUCCAAGACUGUGUCAAGAUGGGAUCGACAGCUCAGAUCGUUGGAGAUGGCUGUGUACCGUUAGAGGCUCAUGUUUUGAGUAUAGCUGAACAUCAGGGCAUCGCUUCUGUUUCUGUCGAGGCUGACGACAUCCCCAAGAUAAGCAACCCCAUGGAUGUAUCGGUCAGCAGGCUUCAACCACCUAAGAACAUUGUACUUCCCCUGCAGCAGCUGUCAAUCACCGAGAAGCUGGUAACGGCCUUACACAGCCUCCUCCUCCCCCAGGAUGGGCAGGGGGUGUGCCCCAUGCUUGUACCCCUCCCUGCUGAAGACGAUGGGAACAGCCAGGCUAUGGCCACGUGUCGUGUGCUGGCAGAGAUUAGCUCAAGAGCUUGUGCAGUUCUUGCCCAUCAUAUGAACGACUCCAACUUUGCCUCUGAGUUUGUGAUGCAGACCAACCGCCCCUUGGAGGUGCUCAAGUCCCUCUCCCAACAAUGUGGAACAGGUGAGAGGCAGAAGGUACUAGGAGCCCAGUGUGAGAAGCUGAGAAUGCUGUAUAGAGACUGUGCCAGGCCCCCUACACCUCCAGCCAAGCAAAGCAUCUCUAGUGUCCACGACAUGACCCUCGACCCCAGCCGUUCCUACCCACCAGUCAAGGCGUGUCUCUUCUCUCGGUGCAUGACCUCCUUGACCUUCCUGGGUGACCCCGUGACCUCAGGUGGUCUACCAGCCGGCGUCAUGUGCUAUGCGACUCAGGCGGUGCCUCAUCAGGCAACCUCAUUCUACUGGGAGCUUGAGAUCUGUUCCUAUGGCGAUGCUGCCGAAGACUCUGGUCCUAACGUAUCCAUGGGCCUGGCCCCGCCCGCUGAGAAGAAGGAUGGUGCCAACAAUUGGACCAACCCUAUUGGGACUGUACUCUUCCCUGUGAGUGGGCAUGCCAUCCAUUACAGCGGGGCGAGUCUCCUGCGAUGGAAGAGCGUCCGUCUGGACAUCACCCUCAAGGUCGGAGACGUCAUCGGUAUGGGCUGGCAGCAGAACGAUGACCCUCCACCCCUGAAUGGGUCGGGUCGAGCAGGUCACAUCUUCAUGACCUUGAACGGUCACAAGUUUGCGCCGACCCUGGAGGAGGUCAGCGGAGGGCUGUGGCCGGUGGUACACGUUCAGAAGAAGAACACCCAGGUUCGAGCCAACUUUGGGAGUCGACCCUUCGCCUACGUGGAUGGCCACUGCCACCACACGGCGACCCUAGAGUCCUCGGACUCUCUGGAAGAGAUCACUGCCAACUUUGGGGCUCUUCCAUUCCAUCUGGAGGCGGAGAGUGACAGUGACAAGGAGGGUUCCCCUCCCACGACCCCAUCCGCUGACCAGGCGUCUCCUACCGUCAGUGCUGUGGCAGGGAUCUCCUUCAAAUUGGCAACACCGCAGAAACCAAAGAAAGAGUAUGACAUCACCGAGUCUCAGCUCUACAGCUUACCCGGUGCUUACGCUGACUUCACCACGACGGGUCUCUCCCCUCACCAGACUGCCCUGUCCUCGGCCCUGGACGACUCUGAUGAGGAGGAGAGGGACGGGGAGGGCCAGCAGGACCAUGUGGCCCUCCUAGUCCGGGCCUGGGAACUCAAGGUGUUCCCUGUCAUCAGGAGACGCUUCAGGAACGAGGCUGAAAGGAGGUCCGGUUUGGAACAGAUUAAAGGAGCUCUGCAGCUGGGCAUGACGGACAUCGCCCGUCAGACAGUGGAGUUCCUGUACGAGGAGAACGGUGGCAUCCCCCGAGACCUCCACCUCCCGACCAUCGACGACGUCAAGCAGGAGGCCGCCAAGUUCACCAUCGACAAGGUGCGCAAGGGCACCACGGUGAUGAUCAGACCCCUGGGUGAGGAGAGCACCAGUGUAGCAGGAGGGACACUGGUGCCCAAGUACGCCAUCCGGAGCAUGCUGAAGACCCUAGGACUUUCGGGGGUCGUCCUGAAUGUGGAUUCGCAACAUGAACUAGUUCAGGUGGAGUCUUACCUGAGGAGCGAGGGUGUGCUGGUGAGAUACUGGUACCCACUAGACAUGUUAGAGCGCCCUCUAGCUGGCAUGCGACGGGUCAGCAGCUCAUUGACCGGGACAACGUCCAUUGACAUCUCAAAUAUACAGCUGCACAGGGAACUUCUGCAACUGGAAUCGUCCUUGGCCCGCCUCUACUGUCGAACAGCCCUUACCAAGUUCCUCUCUCACUGCCAAAGCCCCGAGGUCAUUGAAGCCAUCCCAUGUACCCUUUCACUCUCACCGACCGAGCAACACCCCUCCUCUGCCUCUCCGCUCGCUGCCAAUGGUGGCACCAGACAACACAUCUCACACCUGCAGCUCCUGUCAAACCAGCUGCUGACGUCAUCGCAGCAGAAUGGACGACUCCAUGACCGCUCCCUCCUGACCUCGUGCGGCGUGGGUCACAGCCUGGCUCCGAUCAUCACCAGGAGUCUGACCGCCGUCUUCUACGGAGCGGAAGAGCUGCCACACCUCAAGAGGGAGCUUGCUAUCUCCAUAGCAACAGCUUCACAGCAAGGAGAGAGGCAUCUCGUGGAGCUGACAAAUGAGAUAUGUGGAAUCUUUCAGGACCCCUUCCCAGCUUUCGAUGUAGAGUCAAUUACCAUUGGAGCAAAGAUCAACAACAAUUUUUUCUUCAAGAAUGCCGUGGGUUUAGUUGUCAGCUGUAAGAGAGAUAUCCUUUCAUCUCACAGAGAGUCAUCUCUGUACCAAGCCCCUUGGGCAAGGGUCAGCUGCUAUGGCAUGGGACAGAGGGUCAAGAAGUCUGGCAGUGUGGCACCGGUAGAGGUGGUGAGCUAUCCUGCCGAUGCCACCCUCAACACCUCAGGAGGACUCACAGCUCCGUCUUCCCAUGUCGUCGAUCCCUAUCCAUCCGUGGUGCUACCAUGCAAUAAGAUCCACGUCAAAGCAGGCGUGUCCCCAGCUCCAAACUACGUCAUGACCCUCCAUGGGCUGCCUGCAGAGUUCCCACUGGCCAUGGUAUUCGUGGAGUCACUGAUUGGCUGUCGGCAGGAGAUGGGUGACCAACGGGUCAAGUGCCAUGCCAAUGUGAUGUUGCGCCCUGCGGCAGAGAGCAUCGGGGAACGGGAGGAGAUCCUGAAGAAGCCAAUGAAGAUUACGACGGCUGUGUAUAUCAGGGUGCUGGAGUUGCUCAGUGGGUAUGUUGGUCGAGCAGCAGUGCCAGCCGUCAUCAAGGAGCACCUGUUUCUCAUUAUGGCUCAGAUCUUGAGGCUCAUCCGCAAGGUGGAUGAUGAGGAUGGAGCAAGCGCCUCUCCCAUCACGAUGGUUCCGCAGUCGGUGCUGGCAGAGUUGAGAAGGUUCCGCUGUGAGCUUGGGAAGCUGUUCGAUGAGGAAGCACUUUUGGCUGUGAUUGGGAGUGGCCCAGUGACUCCAGGACAGCACACAUCCUACUUCCAAGCCCUCAUGGAACUCUGCCUGGCUAUGUCGGAGAUUGAUCAGUUCCCUUCGGCGCCUCAGACAGGUUCGACUUCUAUCUCAGUAACGGUUACUCUUCCCUCUCUCCGACCAGCCUCAAUGGUGAGCCCCAAGCAGCUGGUACGGUCCAGCCCUCAGGUCACAUCCCGCAAACGUCGACCGAAGAUGAAGAGAGCUGGACAGCAGAAGAGGACUCCCCACAACAGCGAGAGCGACAGUGGUGAAGCAUCAUCCAAUGGAGCAAACAAUCCAGAGGAUAUGCUUUGGUUUCAUCGCGCUUCUACCUUGAAUGUUAUCAUGAGAUACCUUGACAGCCAGGAUCCGCAGGGGGAGUCGUCCAUGAGGACAGCCAUCAGGGAUGCACACCAGAGUGUGAAGACACCGACUGCAUACUCCAGGCUAGUGGUGAUCUCAGGGUUACCACCAAACAUGGAGGAACCAGCAGCAAGGAGGGCACUUCUGAAGGCCUGUAAUCAAGCUGGUGGUCUCUUCAGAGAUGAAAUCUGGAUUCCUGUCCAGGAAGAGGUGAAGCCACCAACUGCCAUUGAUGCAGACCCUAAAGACCAACAGGCACAGGACACAGAACUGCCACCAGCUGAUGCAACAACAACAACCACCACUGAAGAGGGUGCUUCUGAGCAAACGCCCCAGGACCCAUCUGCUGUGGAAUAUCAUGAACCUGAAAGGACUACUGAACCUGAACCCUCAACCAGUCUUCCAGAAAACCAAGAUGCCAAUCAGGGUGAAGGGUCCAGCCAAGAACCCAGCAGUGAGCCAGAACCCACCAGUAAAAAGAAUUUCGUUCAGGGAUAUGCGGUGAUUGAAGUGCGCAGUAAGGCCAAGGUUGAGGAUAUCGAGCAUGCUCUCUUAAAUAGUAGGAUCUUGGAUGAAUCCCUUCCGUUUGACAAUGACUCCAUGAUGAGUGUCACCGGAGAGGAUGUUCUGACCAUUGCAACAGUCACUCCUUCCCUCCUCACGGAACCAUCGGAAAUGGAGGCCCUGGUAGGUUACCUGAGACACAAGCUCUUGCCUCGCGAGCACUCUGAGCACCUAUCCCUGGGCCAGCAGGUUUCGGCAGCCCUAGAGGACAUCUUCAACAGCUGUGUCAGGUGCUCCCACUUCAAAUCCAAACCCAGCCAGGACUCCGAUGCAGCCCACCCUGAGAUCUGCCUCUCCAAAGAACAGAUCCUCUCCACCUGUCCAGGAAACCUGCUCCUAGAGUUCUUCAGCACCAUGCAUCCAUCCAAGAUGACGGUGGAGGAGUUCAUCUGUGACAUCAUCCAAAAGUAUGGCGUGUUACUGCCGGAAAUCAAAGAGAAGAAAACAGUCACUAAACCAAGUAAAGACAGCAGCAAGAGCUCUGGCAAGAGACCAAGCAAGACCAUGACCAAAGAGAGACAUAGUCCAGAAUUCACUUCACCCAAGGGAAAGUCGCCAUCAUUUACAGCGGAGAGAAAGGUGAAGGUCAUGGACAAAAGGUCGAGUCUGAAGGACAUGAGUAGCAAGGAGAAAGUCUUGAUGGAGGAGACUAGCAGUCAGAAGAAGGUGCUGAAGAAAGGACUCAACUUACACGGAUUGCUGUGCAUGGGACUGGAUAAGGCCACUGAAGAUGUGUGCUCACUCUGGCGUGGUCUACUGGCGACAGGAUUUGAUAUUCACUUUGAAAGGACCAGAUAUGAGGACCCGAACAAGGCCGUAGCCUCUCAACAGUCCUGGACCUAUCAGCAAGACCAGGCUUUGGUCCAUUACACCAACGAGCUAUGUCUCAAACUUGCCAUCACACCAGCUCGGCUACAUCCCCAUGAGCUGGUCUUCUCGGAGGCCGACCUAGCUAGGCCUCAGUAUAGCUGCUUGACAGGCAUCCCGAUAGCCACGAUCAGACUCCGUUACGCCUUCCUCCAGUCCCUCAACGCCAACCUGGAGCAUCACUUCCUGCCGCUGGUUGACCUUCGACCCUCGCAGUCUCUCCUGGAGAGCACGGCAGCGCUGCUCUCCCGGACGCGUGAGUGGCUGUUCUACGAUACCAAAGUGCGCUUCUUCAACCUGCUCCUGGACGCCACGGCACAGAGGAACGUGGAGACGGCGGCACCAGAAGUGUCCCUAGACCCACUGCAGGUCAUAGGAACAUCAACUAAGGAUAAAUCACCCACUUUCUGCCAAGCUGCUUCUGCCCUUGCCAAUGUGUACUCCUCUCAGCUGUGUGUGAAGAUAGCCAGCGGUGGCGACCCUACGUACGCUUUCAAUGUCAAGCUGGUCGGUGAGGAAGUCCAUGGAACAAGCGGCUCUUUCCGCCACUUCUUGGGGGAGGUAACGCAGGAGCUCCACGGCGACAGGCUCCGCCUCCUCAUGCCAUGUCUAAGUGGCGGUGCAAUGGACAAAUAUAGAGGGCGCUAUAUCCUUCGACCUGACCCUAUGACCUACCCGGAAGAGAGGAUGCUUCUAUUCUUUGGACAGCUUCUUGGUAUAGCCAUGAGGGCCGAUAUACCCCUAGCCCUGGACCUGUUACCUAGCUUUUGGAAGUGCCUGGUCCAAGAACCGCUAGACCCAGACCAGGACCUAGCCGAGGCUGAUAUUGCGACUCACAGAUUCCUUCAGAAGAUGGAACAGGCACAAACUGAGGAGGAAUUCUCAGCCGUGUGUUCAGACAUUGUGGCCGCCUAUCUCCAUCAUCAUGACCAGGACUCCCUCUCCAGUCCAGGAGCAGCGUGCGCCGGAAUGAGCCUUCAUUUUGAGUAUCCUAACAUGAUGGGAGAUCUGGUGGAACUCUGUCCCAACGGUCAUGAGAUUCCUGUGAGCUGGAGCAAUCGUAGAGAGUACAUCGCUGAGGUUCGGGAGCUUCGCCUGAGAGAGCUGGUCUGUCCCGAGAGGAUGUUGGCCAUCCGCUGCGGGCUAGCGUCCAUCGUCCCUCACCGUCUCCUCUCCAUCAUGACCCCAGCGGACAUGGAGCUCAGGAUGUGUGGAAGACCACAUGUGGACCUGGCCAUGCUCAAGGCUCACACCAUGUACCAGGUUGGUUUGGUGGAGACAGACACACACAUUGAGUUCUUCUGGCAAGCCUUGGAGAGUUUCUCCCAGGAGGAGCUCAGCCGCUUCAUCAAGUUUGCUUGCAACCAGGAGCGUAUCCCCAGCACCUGUCCCUGCAGACAGGGGGGCAACGACGCCGCCCAUGUGCCACCCUACCCCAUGAAGAUAGCCCCGCCCGAUGGACCUGGUGGAUCGCCAGACCAGCGCUUCAUCCGUGUAGAGACGUGCAUGUUCAUGAUCAAGCUACCACAGUACUCAACCCUGGCUGUCAUGAAAGAGAAGCUACUGUAUGCCAUCAACUGUAGGGAAGACCCACUCAGUGGAUGAUGAUAUGUCGCAGUCUCUCUUAGUGGUUGGCAUUCAGAGAUGACAGAUUUCUAUCAGAAUGCCAUCAUGAUUAGUCAUAUGAGAAAUGAGUCAAUGAUUGGAUUUCCGUAUUUUACAUUUCAUCAUCAUUAGGCAUUCAUGAUCCACAGCUAGUCAUUAGAAUGCGAUCAGCAAAAGAUUUCAUAGUUUAUCAUCAGCCUUUAUUCAUGAUUCUCACGUUAUCAUCAGAAUGCAUUACAUUUCGUAAUCAACAGUUCAUCAGAAUGUGUUCAUAGUAUAGGCGCUUUAUCAGCAGAAUGCAUUCAUGAUUCACACUUUAUCAUCAGAAUGCAUUCAUGAUUCACACGUUAUCAGAAUGCAUUCAAGAUUCACAAUUUUAUCAUAAUGCAUUCAAUUAUCACCAGAAUGCAUUCAUUAAGAGAAUGCAAUCAUGAUCCAAAGUAUAUCAUGAAAAUAUGUAUUGUACAUCAUCAGAAUGCAUUCAUGAUCCAUCAUUUUGAGAGCUGUACUAUGUAGGUUUGAUGUCUUUCAGUAGUAAUUGUUUAGAGAGCAGUACAAGACAAGAACAUCUUUUACCAAGUUACUGAGCUAGUGUUUAAUUGUAGAUUGAGAUCUUAGUCAUCAUCCUUGAAUAUGUAGAUACUUUGCUGAAGAUGAUAUUUGAAAUCAAUCUUUGAAGUACUUAAUGUUCAUGUACUUGUAAUAAUCAAAGUCUGUGCUAAGAGUCACAAUAUAGUCACAAUAAGAACAAAAUAGAAUUUGAAUCUUUCUUUUUGGAUUCAGACCACUUCUACAAUUCCGUGUAUCGUAAUCCCCUUUUCGUAUUAUGUGACUUCAAUCAUAUUUUCUAGUAUCUCUUGUGCUUUCAGCUGCGUAAUACUAGAUACCACACUCGAUAUCCAACUCUGAAUGCUAGCCCAAUUACUAAAUGAACAUUUAAACAUUUACAUAUUCAUACAUGUAUAUUUAAAGGGAAAUCCAGCCUUGAUCUCAAACUACCGUAGGCGAAAGCAGAAAAAUCGGAGAAGUAGACUGAUGAAAUUUUGAAUGAAAGCGGACAAAAAAAAA